UAUCAAUUUAAUUUCCGCGCUGAGAGAAAAAGAUUAAACUCCGCCUUUCAGUUAAUGAUUAUAGUCGCCGCCGAAUGGAUAUAAAUAAGGUUUCCUCAAAAUUAGAUGUUACCUUUUUCAUUUCGUUCAAAAUGGCAUUUACCGGAAAAUACGAACUUCGUUCUCAUGAGAGUUUCGAGCCUUUCAUGAAGAUGAUCGGUAAGUGACUGGCAAUUACCUUGUGAUUGUUCGAUUUAUUAAAAAAAAAUCUAAUAGUUUAAUCGCCUUCUAAAUCAACUACACCGACUGUCGCUAUCCCCUACAAUAAAAUACAUUCCCCAAGUCUCCCUGAUGAAAUGAUCGAACAAAGUAAAGAAAUAAAGAGCAUCUCGGAGAUCGAGCAGAGUGGUGACCAUUUCAAAGUGACCAUAACGACGGGAGCCAAGGUUCUAGUCAACUCUUUCACCGUGGGACAACAAACCGAGCUGGAGACGAUCACAGGAGAAAAGGUCAAGACUGUAGUGAGACUGGAGAGUAACAAGCUGAGGGCGUUGCUGAAUGGUGUUGAGUCUGUGACUGAACUUGUUGAUGAGAAUACGCUAGUCAAUUCUUUGAUUUUAGGAGGCGUGACAUACAAGGGGAUCAGCAAACGCAUGUAGAGCUGGGCUCUAUGUGGCUUGGUGCAAAUAAAAAACAAACAGUU